AUGCGUUUUCAGCAUACCAUUGAGGCGGGACUUCUCGUCCUUUGUGGCGUUGAAGCUGCCGCAAUCCCAAAACAACCCCGUGACGAUACCAAAAUUUGUCGCAAGACCAAAGUUGCCGUUCUUGGCGCUGGUGUCGCCGGAAUUACAGCUGCGCAAGCCUUGACAAACGCCUCGGUGACCGACUUUAUCAUUGUGGAGCGUAACAACUACAUCGGAGGUCGAGUAGUGAACACUACAUUCGGCCAGAAGUCCGACGGAACUCCUUACGCCGUUGAGCUCGGGGCGAAUUGGGUGCAUGGGAUUCAAGAGGGUGAUGGCCCCAAAAAUCCAAUCUGGACUUUGGCCCAGAAGUAUAACCUUGACAACACCCCUACCGAUUCCAAAUCUGUCAUCACGUAUGACGAGACUGGUCAGGUGGACUACAAGAACCUCAUCGAUGAGUAUGAAGAGGCCUGGGAAGGGGCCCAGGUUGAGUCUGGAAGGUAUCUGACUGAGAACCUCCAAGACAUUACAGUACGCGCUGGCUUGAGCUUGGCCGGUUGGAGGCCGCAUAAGAAGGACAUGCACGCCCAGGCCGUGGACUGGUUUGGAUGGGACUUUGAGUCCGCCACACCUCCUGAAGAUGCCAGCCUGGUCUUUGGAAUGACUGGAGUCUACAAUGCCACGUACAACCAUUUCAGCGAAGAGGAUCGCUUCGUUUGGGACCAGCGUGGAUUCAACACAAUGGUCAACGGUGAGGCAAGAACGUUCCUCCAAGACCAGGAUUCAAGGCUCCUCCUCAACACUAUUGUCAAAUCAAUCAAAUACACAGACACCUCGGUUGAGGUCCUCUUUGAGAAUGGAGACUGUAUCGAGGCUGAGUACGCAAUUUGUACGUUCUCGGUCGGUGUGCUUCAGAAUGACGUUGUCAAGUUCGAACCUGAGCUCCCUCUAUGGAAGCAGGAGGCAAUUGAAUCUUUCACGAUGGGCACAUACACAAAAAUAUUCAUGCAGUUCAAUGAGACGUUUUGGGAUUCUGAAAAGCAGUAUUUGCUUUAUGCCGAUCCACAUGAGCGCGGAAGAUACACUGGCUUCCAAUCCUUGACUGGCCCAGGUUUUCACGAAGGGUCCAAUCUGAUUUUUGUUACAGUCACAAAUGCUCAGUCAUGGGUAGUCGAGCAGCAGACUGAUGAAGAGACCAAGGCUGAAGUCCUGGCGGUAUUACGCUCCAUGUUCCCAGGGGUGAAUAUCCCAGAACCAACAGCGUUUAUGUACCCACGCUGGAGCCAGAAUGAAUUCUCCUUCGGGUCAUUCAGUAACUGGCCCCUGGGCACUACGCUGGAGCGACACCAAAACCUCCGAGCCAACGUGGACCGCCUUUGGUUCGCUGGUGAAGCAACCUCAACACAGCAUUUUGGAUUCCUCCACGGAGCUUGGUUUGAGGGACAAGAAGCUGGGGAGCGUGUGUCGAGCCUGUUGAAAGGGAAUCUUUUUGGCAGCAAGUCUGGUCCUAUGGAAGUCUAUAAGAAUCUACACGGCACAACAGAAGAGGACCAGUAUAACGAGUCCAAUGGUUGGUAUAUCGAUACAGUGGGGGACGAGUAA